AUGCUUGUGCUACCGCCUCCGCCUAGGUAUCCGACGCAGGCAGCGUAUAAUGCCGCUGUUGCUGCCGGUCAUGCGACUCCCAUGGUCGAGACCAACAACAUUCUGUCGCACCCCGAGGACCAAUUUCUUGUAGGAGAGGGAACAUACGUCCUCAAGGAAGACCUGCUCCUCGCGACACCACCACCUCAUCCCUCCGAGGCCCCGGUGAUAAACCCCAACCCCUUAGCGACGACACCACAGCCAGCUACAACGGGAAGCAGAGUGUCUCUUCUCAGCUUAGAUAGCCGAACGCCGCCGCCCGCUCUCUUCAAGCUUACCCCGACCACAACUACACUAUCGCCGAGCAUCGCCGAACAUCCCAGCGAAGGACGAUACUCCAAUGACGCCAAGCUUAGUAGCGACGGUGAGGGACGAGGCACAUCAAUGAGUGAUGGAGGUCCGUCAACAUCGGCAACCGCCACAUCGGCGCCAGCUUUUGGUGAUGGUAAUGCUCUGCUAGUGCCAGAAAAGACUAAGGAUCCUAAUAAACGGCGCAAACCCAAGAAUAAUAUGACUAAGAGUAAUUCAUCAUUCAUCUCACGCGUUAUCAUUAACGAGACCUUCUCUAAGAAGAUCACCGAUCGACCGAGCGAUGGGCUAUUUGCUUUUGUCAACGUCAAUCGGGCUUUUCAGUGGCUAGACUUGUCGUCUCCGACGAAGGCCGACUACUUGACUAAGAUCUUAUUCACAAAGGCGCAUUGUUUAAGCCACGAUGUCAACUUAGUCACCAAAAGCCCUAGCCAUAUCGAUAUGAUCAUGGGCUUUUCAACGGGCGAGAUCAUCUGGUGGGAGCCCAUGUCUCAGCGAUAUACUAGACUGAAUAAGAAUGGCGUAAUUAAUAAGACACCGGUUUCCCAGAUCCGUUGGAUCCCGGGAGCUGAGAAUCUAUUCCUUGCAGCACAUAUGGAUGGCUCAUUGGUUGUAUACGACAAAGAGAAGGAAGAUGCCGUCUUCAACCCUGACGAGGAAGAGAACAAGUCUAACGGGGAUGUUUCUACUCCCAAGGUUGUUGACCAUUUCAAGGAGAUUAAAGUGCUGAAAUCAGUUCACUCAAAGAAUCAGAAGAGCAACCCUGUUGCCAUUUGGAAGCUGUCAAAUCAGCGGAUUAACGCGUUCGAAUUUUCCCCUGACAACCGUCAUUUAGCGGUAGUGUCUGAAGAUGGCACGAUGCGGAUUAUCGAUUAUCUUAAAGAAGAGCUGCUCGGAGUGUAUAAUGCGUAUUAUGGUGGGUUUACGUGUGUAUGCUGGUCGCCAGAUGGCAAAUAUGUCCUCACAGGGGGGCAAGACGACUUAAUAUCCAUAUGGUGCCCUUCAGAGACGACACUCAUAGCAAGAUGCCAAGGACAUCAAUCAUGGGUUACAUCGGUGGCCUUUGAUCCAUGGAGAUGUGAUGAGAGAAACUACCGCUUCGGUAGCGUGGGUGAGGAUUGUCGUUUAUGUCUCUGGGACUUCAACGUCGGAAUGUUGCACAAACCCAAGGCAACAGCUAGUCGACAGCGUGGGUCUAUUUCGUCUCGACUGCCGGUGCUACAGCGUGCCGAGACUCAAGGCACGUCUACUAGCAGGUUACGAUCAGACUCCAUUGUGUCAGGGCUAGAAGCGGAAGAAAACACGAUCAACCACCCUGUCGAGCCGCGAUCAAGAACGGCAAUAUUACCACCUGUGUUGACUAAGGUGGCCGACACGCAUCCACUUAGCUGGAUUGAGUUUACGGAGGACGCUAUCGUGACGAGCUGUAAGACAGGUCACAUCAGGACUUGGAACCGGCCAUCAGAUGCGCCGGCCCAAGCGGAUACUUGA